AUGUCACCUCCCACCAUCGUAUUUGACUCUUCAGAGUGCAAUCAACUUGCGGAAACGAGAGACUUUAGUCUCGCUCGGAAUACUUUCCUUCCUCAAGAAAAACCUUGCAAGCAACUCUCGGAUAAAUACUACGAGCCUUGGGAAACCAUUGCUGCACAACUACGGACUUUGAUAGAAAAUAGAGAGAUGCGAGACGCCAUAAAUCGACUCUCUAUUUUGUCAACAGAUGGCCUGAGCACAGAACCUGAGUGGCGCCGAGCAUAUGUAAUGCUGGCGUACAUGACGCAUGCAUACAUAUGGGCUGGCGAUAACCCAGAGGAAGUUUUACCGCCUCAAAUUACAAUACCGUUUCAAGCGGUGUCCGCACAUGUGGAACUCCCCCCGGUUCUUACUUACACAGCAGCUAGUCUUUGGAACUUCAGUUGCUCGGGGGAAGACUUUUCCGAGCCAGAAGAUCUCAGCACACUCUUCACGUUCACUGAGACAGAAUCUGAGUCGUGGUUUCUACUGAUCAGUGUAGCCAUGGAAGCCAAGGCCAGUGGUAUCAUACAGACUAUUGUCGGUGCUACGGAGGCCAUCAAGACACGAAACUACAAUGUCAUCAGUGACAAGCUCCAGGAUAUUAAAUCAUUUAUUAAGUCCGCAGGCAUGCUAUUAGAAAGAAUGUACGAAAAGUGUGACCCGAUGAUCUUCUAUCAUCGCGUCAGGCCGUUCUUGGCUGGCAGCAAGAAUAUGGGAGCCGCUGGCUUGCCUCGAGGUGUUUUUUACGACGAGGGUGAGGGUAAAGGCCAAUGGCGGCAAUUGCAGGGCGGCAGCAAUGGGCAGAGCUGCCUCAUACAGCUCUUGGACGUCGUUCUCGGCAUCGAACACAACUCCAACUGCGCCACCGACCAGAAGAGCUUUCACCAUGAGGCUAGAGAUUAUAUGCCGGGACCACAUCGCCGAUUUCUCUUGCAUAUUGCCGAAGCAUGCAAUAUCCGCGAGCUGGCAAUGUUGCCGGAAGGUGAAGUUGCAUCGGCGGAGCACCAAAGGCUACGGUCCUCGUACCUGGCUGCCGCUGAUCAACUUUGUGAGUUUCGAUCCAUACAUAUUCAGAUUGUGACAAGAUACAUUAUUUUACCUUCCAAAAAGCCGCUGAAGGGCGAAUCUAGGCGAAAUUUAGCCAGCCCAGUGUCCUAUGGGAUGGAGAAUGCAGCGAAUGAUGCGAUGAUUGGAACAGGAGGUACGCGGUUAAUUUCUUUUCUGAAAGAGACUAGAGACGAGACAUUCAACGCCAAGAAACUGGAUGAGCGUGUAUCUCAAUAG